GCGGAGCUGAUGAUCAGUGAGUGAGCACCUGUUGAAGAAACAUCUCACGCGCACAGAGACAGUGGGAGAUACGGAGAGAGAGGAGCGCGCGCGGGAUCUCAGCUGAAUCACCUCUGACUGAAUGAUAAUAAUAAUAAUGAUGAUGAUGGACUUGCUGGAGAAGGAUGGGACCUGUAAGGAGCACUAAAACAAAUUUCUGACUACUGCAGAAACUUUUUAUUUAUUUUUUGGUCAGUUUUAUCUGUUUUAUUUAAACCUUUCAGUGUGCAUGGUGUUUUUUUUACUGAUGAAAAGUUUUUUGACAUUUUUCACUUUUGGUCAUUAAUGUCUGAGGAAUACUCGAUUUGUUCCAAGUUGAAGAUUCGAGUUGCUUCAGUUUUGGGAAAGUGCACCCGGACUCUGAACUCUAAUCUAACUCCAGCAUGUCGAAGCCCAUUGACCACGUGAAGCGUCCCAUGAACGCCUUCAUGGUUUGGUCGAGGGCGCAGAGGAGAAAGAUGGCACUGGACAACCCAAAGAUGCACAACUCGGAGAUCAGCAAGCGGCUGGGCGGGGAGUGGAAGCUCCUCUCGGACUCGGAAAAGAGGCCGUUUAUAGACGAGGCCAAGCGGCUCCGGGCGGUGCACAUGAAGGAGCACCCGGACUACAAGUACAGACCGCGGAGGAAGCCCAAAAACGCGGCCAGGAAGGACCGGUACCAGCUGAACGUUGCGUACAGCCUGGGGGAGCCGGACUCCCUUAAGGGGGCGCUGCUGCAGGGCGACGCCGAGAAGGCUGCAGCCGUGGCCGCCGCGACCCGAGCCUUCCUCGGCGGCCACCCUCUGCCCGCCGGUCCGUACCAGCAUUAUGUGGACGUAGGCCUGCACCCCAAACUACACUCCGAACUGCCCGCCUCCGCUUUCCCGCACGGCUCGCUCGACUACCCGGGCCGGGUGGCCGCGUUCCCCGCUAUGGGGGUCCUUGGAGGCGCUGCGCACCCGCACCCAGCCCCCGCCAACCCGGGGUACAUGCUGCCCUGCAGCUACCCGAGCUGGACCGCCUCCGCCCCGCAUCCCCCCAUAGCCUACGUGUUCCUGCCCGGUAUGAGUAAAGCCCUGCACGAAGCCUACCCGGCGUACGCGGCGGCCCUGUGACCGGGCCCCGAGGGGACAGUACAGGGGCCCCUAAAGAGGACAGUUUAGGGGCCCUGAGGGGACAACUUAUCUUUCUUAUGGUUCAUGAAGGACUCUGUACAGCAUGUUGUGUAAAUAUUUGUACAAAUGAAACUUCUGUAAAUUGUGUUUUUUAAAACUCUUUUUUGGAGAGUCAAUGAAGCAGCUAAUAAAAGCAGUGCUUUUGGAAAAUAAGAAGACAUGAUUUACUUAUUUAUUAUAUAUGUG